CACAUCUUCAAGUUAUUUGCCAACUGCCAAAAAAUAACACAGAAGAAGAAGAAGUCUGUUGCUGGAGGCUGGAGUUGAGCUGGAGAAAGACAGACAACGUCCUGAGCAUCAGUCAUCCGGGAAGCCAGGAAGAUAAGGGGAACAUCCCAGUAAAAAUAUUUAAAGAAAAUAUUGGAUUUAUCUGUUAUUUUUUGUUCACCUAUGGCAUUAUAUGUUCUAAAUUGUUUAUUCUGUUUGCUCCCAUCCUUCCUAUUUUUAUUGCUGUGUUUGGUUCUCCGCUGGCCCAGAUUAUGUUGUUGGGCCAAGCUGGCUGUCAGGGCUGCAGGCUGGAGACUGUGGGUCUUUAUCUGUUUGGCCUUGGAGCUGCCACUUCACAGCUAUAAAAGAACAAAAACCGAGAAGCUGAAAUCAUCAGAGCCAAAUAUGUUGUCAGGUCACACCUCAGAUGGACCAAGGCUCAUCUGUAAACCCACUGCACUGGCCAGAUAUCUCCUGCAGCACUGUGGCUCUCUCACAAAAGCAAAACUGGCUGGCUGGCCUUGGGGAGACCCCCACCUUCAGACUGUCUCCAGCCAAAAGUGUGGAGAACAUGGACACAACAUACAGUUCACCAGAGACCACCUGUUGCUGAAAGAUGGAGGGACUGUAGCCCUGGACUGGAUGGUGGGGACGAGACUUAUUGAGGCGACGGUACAGAGGAGGUGGGAUGUGAAGAAAGAGAAUCAAUCAGGGAGGAAGGCACUUGGGUGCUUCACCUCUACACCUCCUGUCCUUCUCCUCAUCCCUCAGUUCUGGGGAGGGAUAACUCCUCACUUACAGCUGCUCUGCCAUCAGGCCAUGCGGGAGGGCUUCAAUGUGGUGGUGUUUCACCAUCGAGGCACAGCAGGGUCCCCACUUACUACGGCAAGACUCAGUGAGUUUGGAGACCCAGUGGAUCUGGAACAGGCAGUGGCUUAUGUCCACAGUCGCCACCCAUCCUCUGUGCUGGUUGCAGUGAGUGAGGGAUCGGGUUCUGGGGUCCUGCUAUCCUACUUGGGCGAGAGAGGUUCAAGCACCUGUUUAACAGCAGCUGCAGCCAUCUCACCUGUGCUGCUGGGCCAACUGUGGUUUGAAAGCGCUAUGCCGCCUAUGUACCGCUGGGGGGUGCUAUUUCACAGGAAAAUGCAGCUCAGAAGAUACGUAAGUUCCCUCAGAGGAAUGGUGGAUGUGGAUCGUGCCCUCAGCUCUUCCAGCCUCAGAGACUUUGAAGAAGCUCUUUUCUGCUCUCCGACUAAGGUUUCUCCAUCCUCGGAGAGAUCUUUAAACCCUGCAUCUUCCUCCCUGAGGGGCCUCACACCAGCAGGAGCCUGGGCUCUGGGAGAAAGAGGUUACCCAGCCCAGGAUUGGGACAGCUACUGGGGGAGCAAUGAACCUUUGAGAGAUGCAGAUGAGGUGGCGGUCCCAGUGCUCUGUAUCUGCAGCUCUGAUGACCCUCUCCUCCCUCCAAUCUCCACACUUCCCCUUUCCCUUUUCCAAAGCAACCCUUACUUCCUGCUGGCGUUAACAGACAGAGGAGGGCACUGUGGGUUCACCCUGGAGGCCGGGAAGCAGAUGGAUGAAGGGAGAACAAGAAAAGAGGACGAAGAUGAAGGUAUUUGGAGUCAUAAUGCAGUUCUUGAGUACCUAAGAGUGGUGUCUGAUUUCCUGAAAGAGGCAGAGAGGGAUUGGAAAAGCUGGCAAGGCCGACUAGAAGUGAACAGUCUCAAAGGACAGAAGAGCAGAAUGAACACUACAUCACUGCCUCAUCGGAGGAGAGGCGCCAUGAUAAAGAAAUCGAGACCCCAACCAGCUAGUGUGGAUGAUGUAGAGGGAGACCCCUUUACCUGGAAGAGGUCCUUUACUCGUUAAGACUGACAGUGAUCUUAAGGCGGGGCAUUAAGAUCACUGACAGCGUAUUCCUUUAAACAAAUGAAAACCAGGAGCAGCAAGGACAACUUUUAAAGGUAGAGUUAAAAUCAAGCUACUGGUUUUCAAAAAUAGGAAAACAAAUUUUGAUCCGUUUCUGUUGAUUUUAUCUGAAGCGGUUGACAACAGCAAAGGCCAGAAAGGUUAGUCCAGGGCCAUGUUUACCAUGGUGUUUCACCACCUCCUGUUUUAAGAACAUUGACCAACUGCUGCAGCUGUGCUUAUCAGGUCUGGGGCCUUCAUUGCUUAAUGUCAGCAAGUCUGGGCUGCAGGGAGACCAGAAUAGCAUCUCAAAGCUUCUUUGUUGUUUAUAUCAAUUUCAACAUGGUGAUAUCUUCAGAAUUUAGUCUGAAAAUGUAUUUUUGUAAUUAAUCUAGAUGUCAGAAUGUUAUUUCACUGUAUCAAUUCGUAUUAUUUGAGCCUCAUGCAUUACUGUUUAAGCCUUUAAAGACAACUUUGUGCAGGAUUCAUCCGUGGUUCUUUAGGCUGGUUAGAUACCAUCCACGAUGAUUUUCAAACCCUGAAGAAAAGUGUCCUCUUGCUGAGCCCAGGAUUUACUCAGUAACAUGAUACUCCAUUUAUGCCAAUAUUUGAAAAAGUACAUGAAGUAAAUAAAGUAUAUCUCAUCAUGCAAAGGUUCUGUGUGUCAGCAGUUUUCUAAAAAAUGAAAAUUUUAAUAUUUAAGGUUCUUGAUUUUGUAAACAACUCAGUUCCAUUGACAAUGUUGACAUCUCACACUUACAAGCACUAUGCAACAGAGAAAUAUUAAAAUUACUUUAUUACAGAUGAUUCUUUAUCCAGUAGCCCUCUUCCAACAAAAAAUAGUAAUUACAAACAAAAUAUUACAUUUAUCCCCUAAACCUUGCAUCUGAAUUACUGUUAUACAUUUUAAAUCACUUAUUUUUCAUCCGAAGGGAUAUCUAUUCUCUUCUGCUAUGCACAUUCAGCUUUUUUAUUUGUAUUUUUUUUUUUUUUGCACCCACUAUACACUUUAAUACAGAUCUCUGGACAAAGGAGAAUAAAACAGCAAGAUUCACCAAAUAUGACAUGAAGGAUAAAAGGAAUACUGAUAAACAGACUGUACAGAGAAGUAACCCGGCCUUCCACCUACUUCCAGCCAACAGCAGCUGCCCCCUUCAGAAGGAGGAAGGGGGCGGGGUGUCACAGUAGACUCGUAAAACUGGUCAGCUACUUGUGCAAUCAGUGCAACCAAUCCAGUUCAGAGUGACCAAUGUCUAAAGCUAGACUCUGUCCCCCACUGCCUUGCGAAAAAUUAAAAA